AUGGACAGUGGUGAUCAUUGUAAUAAAGGAUCCGAAUUCGCGCUCUACAUCAAAAGUGCUCUGUCACGUGAUAUCGAUGUACGUUUAAAGAGUACACAAGAUUUUUUAUGCCUUUAUCCAUUGAUAAAAGGUUUUGUAAUGGAUGAUAUUAUUAGAAUUGUUCUCAAAGAUUCGGAUGUCUGUGAUAUACAUUCGGCACUUCUAGUUGACCGAGCUGCUAUUCCAUCUUACUGGAAAGCUUUACCAAGAAAAGGAGCAUGA